ACCCUCCACCGCCCCCCGCCAACCUGCAGCAAAACAGGCGACGGCAGGAAGUCCACGUCAACGACUUCCCGCCUUCCUCUCCACCUGGGCAGGGCCACGUUGCGCGGCAUCCGGAAGUGUCCGCAGUGUGGCGUCUACAACGGCACCCGUGGGCUCAGCUGCAAGAACAAGGCCUGUGGGAUCUCCCUCAGGAACGCCUCGGCGGUGAGCAAGAGCACGGCCGUGAGGGUGGUGAAGGUGAUAAUAGACAGCGAGGAGGAAGGAGGGGGCGUCCUGGUCGGCGGCGCCGGCGGAGGCGUGCAGGUGUUCUCGGUCUGUCACAGAGGAGGAGCCCACGCGACGCAGCUCGGGUUCGGUGAACUCGUUCCCACUGACACGCGCAUCGCCACGGGCGACGGCACCACCUUGCUCACCCGCAUCAACCUGGGGCAGCUGCUUUCUGCCUCUUGCAGGCAGGGUCAAAGGUCAAAUCAGGGCGAGCAGAAAGUGGCGGGCGGCGGCGGCUCCAAACCGGCCGACAGCCUCUGCGUCCACAUCAAGCAAGCCAUAGUUGCCGCAGCCGCGCACGCGCUGACCUUGAAGAGCUCCGUCCUGGAGGGCCUGCAGGCUCGGUUCAGGCGAGGGAGGGAGCUGUGGGCGCUCGCCACCGAGUCCCCGGGCCCGGUGCAGCGCGUCACAAAAGACACCCUGGUGGUGAAGUGCCACACGGAUUCCCAGCAUCCUCUGGGGCCUGCUGCACCUCACGUGGGUGCGCGACGGUUGUCGGAGGCCACGAAGAGCGGACGGAGGAGCCGGGAGCAGGCAGCAGCCGCAGGGCGUCUUCCAGUGCGCUGUCCGGGUGGCGGCAGCGGCAGAAGAAGCAAAGCUGGCGUUGAAGGAUCCGCCAGUUCUCCCGCCUCGCUCACGCACCAACCCUGCCUUCACUUCUACGACUGCGUGUGUGCCUUCGGGAGCGACGAGAAACUGGCCUCAGAGUUCGCCACUUUCAUCAACUACAACCCGAGUGGCGUGCAGCCGACCUCCACCAGCAGGGGGCCCGGCGAGAAGCCCCUGCAGCAGGUCGUACCGCUCAACUCCCACCACCAGACCAAGAAGCUCCGCCUCUGUGAAUCUCUCUCUGUGGCCUCUCUUUCUGGGGUGGGGAAAGAGGGAGUGUCGGCCUCCGGCCUGAGGAAAGCUGGUCAGAGGAAAGCCCCUGGUGCUGGUGGGCUGAAGGCUCCAGGUGUGGAUGAGCGUACGGUGGUGAUGGGCUUCCCCCAGUGGCUGGCCGGGGUCACAGAGAGGAUCCACCAGACGAUGCACUACCAGUUUGAUGGGAAACCUCAACCUCUGGUGUACCACAUUCCUCAGGAGUUCUUCAACGCUCUGCAGCAGCGUCUGUCGCUGAGCUCCAAGAAGAAAAGGCUGCCCAACUUCACAACAGCGUUUGUGAGCGGCUGUUUCUCCAAGUACACCUGGCACAUCACCGACAUCAUGCAGGUCAAACGCAUCUUUGACACCCCGGAGUUGCCUCUCGAGCUCUCUCACAGCUUCGUAAAGAACGCCAACGGCUCUUAUUCGCGGUUUCACUGCCCCGAGCCGCCGCCUGAACCUCAGUUACAGGACGGAAUAAAGACGGAGCGACCGCAGGCAAUACGACCGAUGGAGCUCCGCACCUUCCUCAAAGUCGGACCGGGCUCCGCAGACCAGAAGGAGGCCAGUCCGUUUGUGAUCGAGUGGAUCCCCGACGUUCUCCCUCGCUGUCAGAUGGGAGAACUCCGGCUCAGCUUCGAGUUCGGCCACCAGCAGAGCGGCCAGCCGGAGAGCUCGCCGGAGAAAGGAGGUCGAAACAGGUCGGACCCGAGCCAAUCCAAACUCACGAAGGCCGUUGAAGUCCUUCAAGUGAUUGUCUGAUAUUGAUUAUUAUGACUCAUUGACAGUGUGUGACUUACCCUUUAAUAUCUAUGUUAUAUUAUGCAAAGUGUGGAUAAUCAAUUGUCUGUAGAGGAGCAUUAAUGCCUUUUUUCCUUAAUGCUAAAUAUUCAUGUCAAACUCAUGAAAAACUACAAAAAAAUAAAGUAUAUUUUUUGGAAAAAUA